UCCCUGCAAGAGCAGGGCGAUUGCCCUGUUCGCCAACCCCUAGGUGUGACGAUGCUUCGCAACAAAUCAGAGUGGAACGAGAGCCAGUGGGCGCCUUUAGACCUGGACGUGUUCUACCGUCCCGACGUGGUCAUCAUCUCCAUGUACGUGGCAGUGCUGACGGCGUCGCUCUCCGCCAACACGCUGCUCAUCUUCAUCGUGGUCAAGUUCCAGUAUAUGCGGAGCGUCACCAACAUCUUCCUAGUGAACCUGUCAGUGGCUGAUCUGCUGGUGACACUCUUCUGCAUGCCAGUCCAGAUCGCAAAGUCGGUGACGCUGCUGUGGUACUUUGGAGAGGUGAUGUGCAAGACCGUCAACUUCCUCCAGGGCGUAGCAGUAGCCUCCUCAGUAUUCACCAUUACCGCCAUGUCCGUCGACCGGUACCUCGCCAUCACGCAGUCGCUCCGCCAGCCGUGGAUGCCGUCGCGGCGCGGGGCGUGCGGGCUGCUGGUGGGGUUAUGGGUGGUGGCGCUGGCGAUCUUCGCGCCGCUACUGGCAGUGGCUGCGGUAGAGCGGGAGGUGGUGCCCGUGCUGGCGAGGACGGAUAAUGGUUCGGUUUGGGUGGAAGGUCGGAUAGAGUUUUGUACAGAAAAGUGGCCGGAUUCCAUACGAAAAGAGCUGUUCGGCACAUUCAGCUUCAUACUGGUCUAUGCGAUACCUGGCUGUAUCGUGGUGAUAUCGUACUCGCUGAUGGGGCGACGGCUGUGCUCAGUGCUGCCGCCCUUCGACCAAACUGAAGGCAGCACUAACAGUCAGCAGAGGAUACGUCUAGUACGGGAGCGCAAGCGAGUAGCGUGGAUACUGCUGCUGCUGGCCGUGCUGUUCGCGAUGUGCUGGCUGCCGUACAACAUACUCCAGCUGUUGCUGGACGUCAAUGCUGUUGAAGUUGACUCUGUUGCGCUGUUGCUGCCAUACACGUUGUUGUUGGGUCACGCGAACUCGGCGAUCAACCCCAUCGUGUACUGCCUCAUGACCCGCAACUUCCGGCGGUCGCUGCGGAAGCUGCUCUGCCACGACACCGGUAACAUACACUCUAGUACUCACUUUCAUAUGCAGGGCUUGAGGCAAAAGUCCAACACGUCUAGUGUCCGAACCUGCACCACGGUCACCUUUCGGAGCAGUGGCAACGGCCGCAGCUCGCGUCGCGGCUGGCGAGGACGCGGGCCGCACUACCUCUGAAUUGCGUGCACACAGUGGCACUAAUAAAGAACAGGCCGGCCGCGGUGAGCUAUGAGGUUGGG